UAGUAUCAGAAAAAGGAAAAUCAUUUCUCAUUUCUCUCCAGUUUUCACAACGAACGGAACAAAAUGUAUCGCAAGGAACGCUACCUUCUAAUGUGCACCGAGUGCAAUCUAUUCUUUCCACCGUCACAAUUUCGCUAUCAUGUGCCGCAGUUUCGCAUGUGCGAGAGCUGCCGUCUGCUCAAUUUGGACAUUGUUAACUAUCUCGAGCGUUAUGUGUAUACGCCGAGAUUGCUUUGCUGCUAUAGCUCCUUUGAGAACCGUUUGGAUCGCAUUCAUCGCAAAUGCCUAGCCUUGGAAAAGGAGCUGGACGAUUUGAAGGAAAGAUUUGCCAGGCGCGAUGAAGAGAAAGCAUGCAGGAAGAUAUACGAGGUGGUCAACAAGAAGGAAGAGGAGAAUACUGGAAACGAAAAACAGGAUUUGAAGAUAAAAAUGAAGAUAGUCAAGAAGAAGAACCACAAGAAGGUUAAAUUCGAAGUUGAAGAAAAUGCAAACCAAGAGGAAACGAUGCAGCAAGUUUCGCCUCCAAAGAAGAUCAAGCUGGAGAACAUGGAUGGGGUCGAAGAAGAGAAAUUCGCCGACGAGAAGGAGAAGAAGAAUCCGAGCAAGGAGGAAGACGAUGAAAUGAAAGAGGAGAAAGAUGUAGACAACGAGAAAGAGCAGAAUGUCGAAGAAAUGGUAGAACAAAUCAUCGACGAAAUUCUCAAAAAAUCAUUGAUUUGAACACUGAAAAUGAAGACGAAAACCACAAAGAAGCCACGAUGAUAAUGAAUGAAGUGAAGAUGAAAACCACAAAGAAACCACGAUGGUAAUGAAUGAAGUGAAGACAAAAACGACAAAGAUGCCAUGAGGAUAAUGGAAUAAAGAGAAUGGAGACCAAAAAGAACACACAAUUCAACACCUUCGUAAAGAAAAAGACGAAAUCUGAUUUUGAACAUUUAUAUAAAAUUCUUAUAGCAUAAAAAAUAAACGAAAAUAUC